GAUAUUUUUGAGUCCUUCUUGGUUUUGAACGACAUCAAUGAUAAAACGCCCAUAUUUCAACGACAAAAUGGCUCUUACAGCGCCAUUAUUGAUGAGUAUCUAGAUCCAGCGGAAAUACCGAAAGUGAUUUAUGACGAUCGGUCUGCAAAUCCUAUCAUUGUAACAGAUGCUGACGGUGCUGACAAUAACAAAGUUACUGCAGUUUGUAUGGCAUGCAAUUAGAUAGUGGCGGCACCUUGCCAUGUGACGGUUACUUCAGUGUGGUGGAAGUUGCAGAUGGUUUUGGUAGAUAUCAUUUCAACAUCUAUGCUCUUAGAACUAAUUACUCUGCCGAGAAAUCCUAUACCUUGGAAAUCUUGGCAAACAACACACCGUCUGCUGAUCCAGAUGAUGUAACGAGGAUUUCUAUUUCUCAAAAUGUUGCCAUCAACAUCCGAGAUUUGCAGAACUUGCCGCCAACCAUUAACAAAGACAAGACAGCAUUUAACAUGCUUGAGAGUCUUCAGCCUAAUGAACAGCUUUUUGGCUUCAUAGAGGCUAAUGAUCAAGAUGUAAGGGACCCACAUCCUAUCAGAUAUGAACUUGUACGACCACGACUAACUGAUGAAACAGCACAGGAAGCAUAUGAUAUGCAAUAUUUUCGUCUUGGCGAUGUUAUUUUAGACGGAAUAUUGUACAAAGUUCCACUAAUAUUAAACAAUACUAUUGAUCGUGAAGAAGUGCAAGAUCGAACCAAAACAGUCUAUCUUGGCAUAUUGGCUAUAGAAUAUGAUCCUUUGAACAGACCAAACCGAGAAAAGGGCACAGCAUAUGAGACCAUUUCCAUUCAAAUAUUUGAUGUGAAUGACCAGAGACCCAUGUUCAGUAAUGACAAUUAUGUAGUCACGACAACAGAGUUGUCAGGCGCACCAGCCAAUCCUGAAAACUUCAACCCGAUUUCGAACAAUGUCGAAAUUCAAGUUGUUGACUCUGAUUCGGAUCAAUACCAGAAGUUUAAUGUUUCUAUCAUAUCAGGAAAUGAGAAUAAUGACUUCAAACUGGACAAUUCUGAUGGGAGUGGUUUACAGUUGUUUAAUUUGUAUGCAAAAGAAAAGAUUUUAGAUUUUGAGAAACCACCUAACACUUACGUGCUAAAGCUUAAAGCUGUAGAUGUACAGAAUCCUAAUUUUGUCAGCACUGCAACUGUUACAGUUUCUUUAGUUGAUGCUAAUGAUCAUGAUCCAGAGUUUGCAAAUGAAACUUAUUUCAUCACAAUAAAAGAGAGUCAACCUCGAGGCAUCAUAGGUGCAGUCACGGCUAUGGAUCGGGACAGUGGAAGUUUCGGGAUAAUAUCGGGUUAUGAAAUUAUUGGGGGUGAUAUAACAAAGUUCAGCAUUGAUUCAAAUGGAAGAAUCACUCUAGAUGAGUUAUUAGAUUUUGAAUCUCAAGAGAUUCAUUACAUAACAGUGGCUGCUUAUGAUAGUGGGAUAGGUAACAACAGAAGGGUUGGGAGUAUACAAGUAAUCAUUCAGUUGAUUAAUGAAAAUGACAUUGGUCCUGAAUUUGACAGAACAUAUUCUGCUAUUUUGUAUGAGCAGUCCAAAGAUUUGAUUCCUGAUAUCACUGUAUUGGCUCGAAGUAGAGAUGCCAGUAAUCCAAUUAUACGGUACAGUAUUGCUGGUGUAGAACCAGCUGCAGUGCCAAUAUCUGCAUUCUCCAUUGGUAGUGCAUCCGGACAUUUGACUGUUAAUCAAGAAAUAGACUACAAACAGACAGCUGGAUCUCCAAUACCUGGCUUCGUGACUGUAAAGGUUGCCGCUGAUACUGGUGGUUUGAGCUCGGAAAUUUCUAUUGCUAUAGAAAUCAUUAAUCUGAACAACUUCCCACCAGAAUUUGUACCUCGUGUUCCGAACAAUAUAUAUAAAGUUGAAAUCAGCGAGCUGGCUGUUGCAGGUUUUACCGUAAUUGACUUGAAUGUUACCGACCUCGAUGGUCAAGAUAACGACAAUGGCAUAGUGACCUUUCAGUUACAGAGUGGGGCAAAUGAUGAUUUCCUCCUCACAGGGGAUUCUGGGAUCAUUAAAGUUACAGCAGACGCUAAACUGGAUAUUGAAGAGAACCAACCGUCCUAUGAAAUAGUGGUUGUAGCCACGGACAAAGGUACACCUCCGUACUCAGCAACGGCAACGGUCCAGAUAAUAUUGUUGGAUGCAAACAACAAAAGACCAGUCUUCGUUAAUGCUUUAUACAGGUUCCAAAUGCGUGCUGAUUAUGAGGUUGGAGAAUUUAUUGGACAAGUAGGUGCCACAGAUUCAGACAGUAAUAGCCAGCUUGUAUAUAGCAUUGACUACACAUCUGUUACCUUCAACAGACAAUCCAAUAACCAAGAUCCAAUUGAUGCCACUAAAAUUAUAAAGAUGAAUCCAGGAGAUGGAGUGAUAAAUGUUGCAGGCAGAAUAGAACGAGAAUUGUAUGAUCGUAUCAACCUGAACGUGAUUGUGGAAGAUAUCAAUAUAGACGCCACACAGGCUAGACAAUUCGGAACAGCAUCUGUGGUUAUAUUUAUACUGGCGGCUGUAGAUCCCAGUAUUUACUUCACUCAUGGCGACUGGAGAAAGGAUAGGCCGAUUAUUAACCUGUCUUUCUCUGAAUCGGAAAACAUUAACUAUCAAAUACUGAGUUUGAAAGCAACUGACCCGUCGAUACCAGAGACUAUAGAAGAUUACCGUGAAGUUGAGAGUAGUGAUGUUGAAGAUUACUUCUCUUUGAAAGGACCAUAUUUGUCGGUAAAGAAACCUUUUGGACUACGAAGUUUGCCGAGACAAAAAGGUAUCGGGGGUUUUUGGUUUUUCUCUAAUAAACUGAAGACGCAACGGAAACCCCAAUUGUAUCAGCGGAAAGAUUAA